CACUCAACCUUGAUGCAUUUCGUUUGUUACUCCCUUCUGCUGUGCACCGACUCGUUGUCGCAAGUGUCUGCAGUACUAUCUCGAUCACGGACAUUCCCAAGUACCACUCGUUUGACCAAACAGCUCAUUAGCCUUCAAUAAUGUCCAAGUCCGGCUCAGAACACUGGGAGACCUCUGCAGUCUUCGGGGAGCCUAUACCAACAUACGAAGAGUCCCUCGCCAUCUCGCCAGGCGGAGCAACCAUACUUGUUCCAAGCGAGAAACCCAACAGCUCCGUUUCUUCAUUAUUUCGACAAGGACGAAACCGCCGGGUCCUCGAUCUCAUCUCGGAUACCAUCCUUCCAGCCAUCAGCGUUGACCUCGCCAAUGGUUGCUCCCAUAUACCCUUGGUCAUAGUGCCAUCGGAGACGCUCGGAAGUAGCAGCAAGCUCGAUGAGCGUAACAUCGUUACACCAGGUCGUCAGACUUACGAGGCUUCACGCACUGUCGUCGUGCUGCAGGGGCAGGAUAAACGCCCCUCCUUCUGGACGCAGAACGCCGUUGUCCAGGAACUCGACCUUCUACUCCGGAAGGAGCUCGGCUGCUCGUCGCGCACAAGCAACGAAGAGCCCUUGCCCAGAGAACUUUCUACAUCAGGUUUUCCAUCUCAAUCCCCGUUGCAACUGCAAGCAGAACCAACACCAGCUAAUGCAGAACUUCCUCCGCGGCCGAAGAAGAAGCUCUGGCUGAAACGUGACAGUGCCGUCACUGAAGCCGAAAGUGAUCCCACUGGCGAGACGGGCAAAUGGAAUCUCGGCUGGCGCGGGCCAGAAACCCCUGGUGGAAGAGACACAAAAUCUGGAGAUCAUGACGUUCUACGACACCGUACACGAGUCCAAAACUUGAAAGUGGACGAAGUCGCACUUCAUACAAGGUUACAAGACGUCAGUAUCCGGACAGAAGACCAGAUGGGCCUUUUUCGAACGACCACGGUGAAAUGCAUCUGGAUAGAGAUUGACGUCGGCACCUGAAAGGCUGAGGUAUUCUCGUUGAUCAUGUUGAGGUGUAACACUUUCUCUACAUCCUUGCCCAGCAAUACCAUUCUGAGCCAGCUGCCAGUCAUGGCACAAAGACAGUUCUUUCCUUCUUCGCCACCCACGCUUCAUGCACCUCUUCGAGCUUCUGAACCUUCAACGCCAUAUCAGGUAGCCUGGCCACCGCAGCCAAGAGAGC